AUGAAUCCAUAUAAAUCUAUAAUUUGUUAUUUAUUUAUUUUAAAUAUCUUUAUUAAUUUUUUAAAUGGCGAAUACAUUAAAUCAUUUUUCAAUAAUAAAAGCCCAAUAAAAUAUACUCAAAAUUCAUUAAAUGGAUGCGAGAUAACAGUAUUUUUAUUAUUUAAUUUUCAAGAAGAUAUUGAAAAUAAAAAUAAUAAAAACAAAAACAUAAUAAUAAUUGAAAAUAAAACUUAUGAACCAAUUUAUUUUAAUAAUAAUAAUCACAAUUACAUUUAUAGGGUAAAUAUUAAUUUACCAAUUACAAAGCAAAGGCAAAAAUACACACAAACAAUAACAAUAAACAAUAGAGAAACAACCAAUAUUACAUUAUCUGAAUCCAUUGAAUGUGUACCAAUUGAUAAAGGUGCAAUAGGAAUAUCAUCAAUAGCAAAUUUAAGAUAUGAUAUCUAUUCCAAUUCAGUUUUAUUUUCAUUAUUUGUAGAUGAUAAAUUUGAUAUUGUUAAUUUUAUAAUAAAUAAAAAUAAUUCAUCUAUAAAUUCAAAACCAGCAACAACAACAACAACAACAUCUACAUCAUCACCUUCAUUUUCAAUAAAAACACCAUCAUUUAUUAAAAGUGAUAAACCACCAUCACCACCACUAUCACAAAAACACUACCAACAACAACCACCAAUAUCAAAUAAAUUAUUAGUAACAAAAAUUCAAAAUAUUGAUAGAACAUAUGAAAAGGUAAUUAAUAAAAUGUUUCAAAAUGAUGAUUACUCAACAUUUAAAUCAGUUUAUUCACAACAAGGAUAUUAUGAUUGUUCAAUAGAUGUUGAAAGAUCAUGGUUAGAUAUUACAAAAAAUUUAACUAUAACAAUAAUAGAUAAAUAUGAAAGAUAUUUAAAUUUUAAUUUACAAUUUCCAAUUAAUACAAAUAGUAAUAAUAACAAUAAUAAUAAUAAUAAUAAUAAUAAUAAUAAUAAUAAUAAUAAUAAUAAUAAUAAUAAUAAUAAUAAUAAUAAUAAUAAUAAUAAUAAUAAUAAUAAUAGUUAUACAAGUAAAUCAAUAAUAAUUAACAAUAUAGAUAAUAUAGCAGCUAAUAUUUUAACAAUAAUUGAUAUUAAUAAUUCAAUACAAUCACCAAUUUAUAUAAUAGAUAAUACGAACAAUAGUGGUAGAAAUAAUAUUAAUAAAAAAGUCAUUCCAUUAAUUGGCAAUAUUAAAUCAAAAUUAUCAAUUGGUUUAAUGAUGUCAAAUAUUAUUGAAAGUACAAACAAAUUACUAUUUAAAAAUAAUAAUUAUAAUAAUAACUAUUUAUUUAAUAUUUCAAUUAAUAAAAAAAAUUCAAAUUUUUCAAUUGAAAAUAAUAAAAUUAUAAAAUUUAAUAAUAAAUCAUCACUUUCAACAUUUAUUGGUAAUAUUAAAUCACCUUCACCUUUAUUUAUGAAAUUAAAAAUAAAUAAUAAUAAAAAUAAUUAUCAAACAUGGUAUUAUCCUUAUCCAUUAGGAUAUCAAUAUGGUAAUAGUAUUUCAAAUUAUAUAUUUAAAUUUGAUCAUUUAUUAAGUGACCAAUUAAUUUCAAUUAUUGAACCAACAUUCUAUUGUGGUGGUAAUGGUGGUAAUCAAUUAGUUGUGAAUAAAACUCAACUAUCAACUUCAAAUUUUUUAAUAAUUGAUAAAAUACCACCAAAAAUAUUAAAAAUUAAUAUUAAUACAACAUCAAAUUCAGAAUCUUUAAUUGUUACAAUUAAUGCAAGUGACGAUAACUCUGGUGUUUAUGAAAUUGAAAUUGCAAAUCAAUUAUUAUUAAGUUAUCCUCAAGAUUUAAUUAAAGGUAAUAAAUUGAAUGGUGUUUAUCAAGGUGUUUUCGAUUUUAAUUCAUUACUAUUUGACCCUUAUUCAUCAGAGAUGGUUGAAUCAUUCAUUAGAAUCAUUGACUUCAAUGGAAAUGAACAAACAUUUAGAUAUGAUGAUUGUUAUAAUGAACAAGGUGAUAUUGUACCACCGAUAUUCCCCGAUAUAGAAAUUCAAACCAUUGAUUCAUUUAAAUUUUCACCAAAUAGAAUCGAUUGUUCAAAAUCUGAUAUUCAAGUAUCACUAUUAAUAACAAGUGUUUAUAUAGAUAUAACUUGGAUACCUAAAUUUUCUUUAGUUUACCCUCAAUUGGGUAUUAAUAAACCAAUUGAUUCAAAUCAUAUAUUUAGUGGUUAUUAUGAUGGUAUAUCAGGAUUAUUCAUUGUUAAUUUCACAGUACCAAUGAAUUCAUUUAGUGGUGAAGUUGAUUUCAUAUUUCAAUAUCAAUCUUGGAAUAAUCAUUUUUUAAAAUCAAAAUUUCCUUUCUCUUCUAAUUCAAAUGAUGGUCAUAGAGGUGGCAGUGGUGGUGGUGGUAGUGAACCUUUAUUAUCAAUAAAUGAGAAUGAAAGAGGUGAUUAUUUAGGUCCUUUAAUAACUUCAAUUUCAACUGGUAUUAAUUAUUUUAAUAUUACAAUCCUUGAUCACUAUAAUGGUUUCAAUAAGGGUGAAAUUAAUAUAACUUCAAAUGUUGAUCCAAUACCAUACAUUUUCAAAAUUAAUUCUUUAAAUUCAACAAUGACAACAACUAUAAAUGAUUAUUAUAAAUCAAAUCAUUUUAUAUUAACAUUACCAAUUGGUGGUGAUUUAUCUAAUUGUAAAGUUUCUCAAGUAUUUGAAAUUACAGGUAUUGAACUUUGGGAUAAUAGUGGUUGGGUUACAUCUUAUCAAAAAUAUAAUAAUAAUAAUAAAAAUAAUAAUAAUAAUAAUAUACCACCAUUUGAAGAUUUAAAUUUAAUAUUAAAUAAUACAAUAUCAUUAAAAUGUAAUAUUUCAAAGAAAAACAAUGAUAUUGAACCACCAUUAUUAUAUGAAUUUAAUUUUCAACCUAAAACAUUAGGAAAUGAUGGUAAAAUUUUAUUUACAUUUAAAGUUUUAGAUAAAGAUUGUGGAAUUUAUAAAAGACAACCAGGUUCAAAUCCAACAAUAUAUAUUUUAGGUGAAAAUAAAAAGAUACCAUUGGAAUUUCAAUCAGAAAUUGUAAAAGAAAUGAAUUCAAGUUUUAUAGAAUAUAAAGUUGAUGCAUUAAUACCAAUUGAUUAUGCAACCAUUGGUUUAACAGUUUCAAUUUAUGGUUUAAUUGAUACUUGUUUUAAUUUUCGUGGUUAUUCUUCAAGUGAUUUAUCAAAUUUAUCAUUCCCAUUUAAAAUUAAUUUAAAUAAUAAUGAUAAUGAAGAAGAUAAUCAAGUUGAAAAUAAUAGUAAUAAUGAACCAAUGAUUUUUAAUUAUGAUGAAAAAACAUUUACAAUUAAUGGUGGUGAUUUAAUUGUACAUGGUAUAAAUUUAAAAUCAGAUUAUGUAAUUGGUCAUUUUAAAUCAUUGGAUGGUGAUAAUAAAUAUUCAUUUGAUUUAAUGCCAACUAGAAUUUUAUCAAAUCAAUUAUUAUUUAAUUUACCACCUUUAAAUACAGAAGCAUUAUCAUUAACAAUUGAAAUUAAUGAUUUUAAUCAAUUUAUAAAUCAUCAAUUAAUUAUUUAUCCAAUUGGAUAUAAACAAUUAUUAAAACCAUGUAAUUUAAUUAAAAAUAAUAAUAAUAAUAAUAAUAAUAAUAAUAAUAAUAAUAAUAAUAAUAAUAAUAAUAGUGUUUGUAGUGGUAAUGGAGUUUGUAAGGAUAGUGGUUGUGAAUGUUUUAAUAAUUGGUAUGGUGUUGAUUGUUCUUCAAAUAAAAUUGCAAAUUAUAUUUAUUUAUUUAAUGAAUAUAGACCAUCAACUUAUCAAUGGAUUAAAUCAGAUAAUAAUAAUAAUAAUAAUAAUUGUGGAGGUGGUUAUGCUGAUAUAUCAUUUUUUAAAGUUUGUGAAGUUGGUUUUUCAAAUGAAAUUGUUAAAGAAUUUGAUUUUUCAAAAUUACCAUGGAAAGUUUUUAAAAAUUAUGAAAAUUCAUCAUUCAAUCAAUAUAAUGCAACAUCAAUAAUGUAUUCAAAUAAAUUCCCAACUGAAAAUGGUUAUAGUGAAAUUAAAAUUAUAAUUUCAAAAUUCCCUCAAAAUCAAUCAAAUUUAUCAACAAUUUUAGAAUUUGCUGGUGAAUCAAUAAGUGUUAAACCAAAUACAUUAAAAUUUUCAAUUGAAAUUUUAAAUUAUCAAUUUAGCUCACCAUUAAAUACAUUACAAAUUAUAUUUAAUUCAACAUUAAAAUAUAAUGACGAUGAUAAAACGACAUGUAUUUCAAAUUCAUUUGGAUAUAGAAAUUUAAAUGAAACAAAUUUAUCAUGGAUUGUAUUAAGGGUUAAUGAAAUUUCAAUGGUUGGUGAAUUUAUAAAGAAAGGUAUUAUUGAUGAUAAAAAAAUUUUAUUAUCAAAUUCAAUAAUUCCAAAUUCGUUGGUUAAAAGUAUAAAUUCUCAAGAAAUAUCAAUACAAGUUGCAAUUAAUAUUCCCAAUUUUAAAAAGAAAGCAAUAAUUGAUCCAAAUUUUCAAUUUUUAUUAGGUGGUAAUUCUGAUAGUGAUACUACAGUUUGUAGUAAAUCAUCAUUAUUAUCAUCAUCGAAUUCAAAAUCAUUCAAUUAUUCACAAUCAUUUCAAUCAAAUAAUUUAUCAAAAAAUGAUUUAAUAAUUUUAAUAGUUUGUUCAAUAAUUGGUGUUAUAAUUAUUAUUACAAUAAUUUUAAUUUUAUUUAAAUAUAAAUGGUGGAUAAAAUAUAAAACAAAUUAUAUAAAAGAUUUAAUUUUUAAAUAA